GUCGGAGCCGGGCGCGUCGCGGAGUACGGGAGCAGCUGGCGUGGCGGAGCCGCGAGCGAGGCCGGGAUGGCAGCGCCGCAAGCUCGGCGCUGGGGAGCCGCGGCUGCCGGCCGGCGCCGGUUGGUGCUGCUGUCGCCCCUGCUGCUGGUGCCGCUUCUGGCGCGGCCCGCGGAGGCCCUGGUGGAGGGGCUCUACUGCGGCACGCGGGACUGCUACGCCGUGCUGGGCGUGAGCCGCUCGGCCAGCAAGGCGGAGAUCGCGCGGGCCUACCGCCAGCUGGCCCGGCGCUAUCACCCGGACCGCUACCGGCCAGAGCCCGGCGACGAGGGCCAGAGCCCGCGGAGCGCCGAGGAGGCUUUCCUGCUGGUGGCGACCGCCUAUGAGACUCUCAAGGAUGAAGAAACACGAAAAGAUUAUGACUAUAUGCUGGAUCAUCCAGAAGAAUACUACAGCCAUUACUACCAUUACUACAGCAGACGCUUAACCCCCAAAGUGGACGUUAGGAUAGUGAUUUUGGUCAGUGUGUGUGCUAUUUCAGUGUUUCAGUUUUUCAGCUGGUGGAAUAGCUACAAUAAGGCAAUUAGCUACCUCGCCACAGUGCCCAAGUACCGUAUCCAAGCAACUGAGAUUGCAAAGCAGCAGGGACUUCUCAAGAAAGCCAAAGAAAAAGGCAGAAAUAAAAAGUCCAAAGAGGAAAUUCGUGACGAGGAGGAGAACAUCAUAAAGAACAUUAUAAAAAGUAAAAUAGAUAUAAAGGGAGGGUACCAGAAACCCCAAAUACGUGAUCUUCUCCUGUUUCAAAUUAUCUUAGCUCCUUUUCACCUGUGCUCAUAUAUAGCCUGGUAUUGCCGGUGGAUUUAUAAUUUUAACAUCAAAGGCAAAGAAUAUGGGGAGGAAGAGAGACUGUAUAUCAUACGUAAAUCUAUGAAGAUGUCAAAGUCUCAGUUUGAUAGUCUAGAAGAUCAUCAGAAAGAAACCUUUCUUAAACGGGAGCUCUGGAUAAAGGAGAACUAUGAGGUUUACAAACAAGAACAAGAAGAAGAAUUGAAGAAAAAAUUGGCAAAUGACCCAAGAUGGAAGAGAUAUAGGAGAUGGAUGAAGAAUGAAGGGCCUGGGCGGUUAACUUUUGUAGAUGACUGAAGAUUGAUGGAAUGCUACUGUGCCAAACCUUAAUUGUGAUAUUAUUUUCGUAACUAUUUCAGAAAUGUAUCAAUUGCUCCUCAACAGUGACUCAAAUUCCUUCAGCAUUUGAUUAAACAGAAUAAUGUAGAAAUUUCAACUUUUCCGUAAAACUUUAUACAUAAGACAUGAUUGUUCAAUUUUUAUAAUCUAUUUGUGGAUUUUGUUAAAAGAUUUGACAUGGAAAUUUAUUAGUUGCCAUUUAAAAUUUUUAUAUGUUUAGUUAAAAGAUUUGACAUGAAAAUUUAUUAGAUACCUGUGAAAUAUUU